CGUCCACUCCUUCUGUUUUGCAGCCAGUUGAGUCCCUCCGAGACUUUUCUGCAUUUUUUUUUUUUGGCUUUUGUCACUCCUUUGAACUACUACCACGUACUUGCCCCCCGAACCCUUUUCCAAGCUGCGAACCGAGAUAUUUGGCUUUGGGACGAAAAAGCAACGGUCUUGCGUGUGCCAUCCAAUCCUUGCAGUCACUAGUCUACCUACAGUAGAAACUGCACAGCAUCCACGGAUCUCGCACUCAUUUGUUUGUUUGUCACCAGACUGUACAAGCUCUAUCCAAUCUACCAGUUGGAACAUUUGGCAGGUGACUCGACUUGCACAAUUCCAGCGCGCUGCCGGACCAGAGACAAACCAAUUCCAGUCGCCUUGCACAUACACUCUUUUUGGCGGACCACCCGAAAACGUGUAUCGAACUCGACUCGACUCAUUCGAUUGUUCGUGCAACACAGUUACCAACAAACUUAGCCUUGAUUACCUAGUUACCAAAAACACGAAACCGAAAAAGCAAACGCCUCGCGGAACAACGGCCGCCGUCAACUCAGCUUUCCAAGCGACAACCCUGUCCUGUCGUUCUUGGUAGAGGAACCAAGACCUGGUUCUUUUUGAAACGCUCCCGACACCGACGGCACACAGUCCAAGAAGCUUUCCAGCAAAGUUUGUUUGCCUUUCUGCCAAUCUAGGCAAGAAGCUCGACCGUCAUCGACUCCGUCCGCCGACCGUACCCGAUCAGUUCUUGGCCGUCUUUAAAUCAGCCCUCCCUCGCGAUAUCUUAUGGCACGGUCACGGACGCUUUACAACCCCCGAUAGGCUCGACUUGUGAUAGUAGACAGUUCAAUCUGUCAUUGUUCGAGGAACCACUCCUUAGUUUCACCACAAGUUAGCAGCCAUGAACCGUUUUAGAGGAAAGAGGAAGGAAAAGGAGGAGCCGUCGACGAGUGGAGACCACUCAAUGCCUUCCCUUCGAGGCUUUCUAAGGAGUAAAAAGGCCCCGGAGGAGAAACCAGAGCCCCAGAUCGACAUUGCUACCGCAUUACCAACACACGAUGAUUUCCGCACGAGUUUACUCAUGACAGGCUUGUCAGCCCGUUUCUCGAUGCUGAGGGAACAGGACGACCCGACCAGCAAGAUCGGAAAAGCCAGCGACGACAGCGUGCUGUUUCCCAAACGACAGUCGCGGAUGAUGGACUACGGCUUCAAUGGCGGAAUUGGCCUCAAUGACAUCGCCGAGGUGGAGUCUAUACGAGCGCCUUUCUCCCGUAUGGACUCGUUUGCGUCAGCAGACGAUGCAUCUUCGACCAAGGGCAGCAUAAUGAGCCGAGGCAAACCUACCGAUGGCAACAAUCUGUUCGGGGGGAGGCAAAAGAUAGUGGUUGGAAGCAGGACACUCUACGAAAAUGACGUCUCUGGUUCUUCGUUCCAGAAGUGGCGGCGCGAGGAGAGGGAACGUGAGCGCAGAGCUCUCGAGGAUGAAGAAGCCAAUGAUGACUCUCAAGGUUGGAGGUCGAGACGCAGUGAAGAGGAGGCCUCCGCUGCAAGACCAGAAUCUCCAUCUGGACCAAUGUUCAGCCGGCGACGCGAGACAUCGUCAACAACUGCCUCGUCCUUGGCGCGCAAUUCAACAGCAGCAACUUCAAUAGCCUCACAACAGUCCCAGGCCACAACGGCUUCUACGGCCUCUGGUGCCCCCGUCGAGCGUUCAGUCACUCGGACGAGGAGACUAUAUGAACAGGCGCUCAACCAGGAUCUCCAUGCCAGCCAAUCCACUGCUUUGUCACGCAUUGAUACCCUUACAGGAAAGAAGUCGUUCACCAGGGGCUCACCCGACCCCAACUCGUCAACAUCACCUCCGGUGGGCUUCGGGUUUGGUGAACGCCGGCCGAUAAUGACCAAAGCUAGCGCUCCCAACUUGAGGACAACAAGCCCCGCGGCCUCGGCAGCCUCUGGCUCGAAUGACCGGGGCAGCAAUAUAUCCAAUAAGGAAUCUCGGUUCAACUUUGCUGGGACACCUCCUCUGAGCCCUCCAAUCAGCGAGACUGGUGAUCUGCCUCUAAUGGCUAUACAGCCCAACGAUGUGGGCAAGGCAACUGCGAUGGGUGUUUUCAGCAAACCAGCGCAACCAUAUGAUGAGUCCAAGUACGCAGAGCGACAGCUUCAGCUAAAGCAAGGUCGAGAAACCCCAACACUGCGUGGUCGGACCGAAUCAAAUGCCACCGGUUUGUCGAUACAUACAGAAUCGAAGGACACCUCAGCAGGGUUAACCUUCCUUGAUGAUUCUGACGACUCCCCAGACGAGCCUCGGCAUUCUCCGAUUCCUCCCGCUGUCGUUUUAGAAAGACCUGCCGACAGUGAUCAUCCCGCAUUCAGACAGGACGCUCUGCCAACACCACUGUCUUUCAAAUCACAAGUGUACGACCCGCCGCAUGAUCCUUCACAGUCGCUAUCAAAACCCGAUGUGUUUGAGUCACCUAUCAUCCCUCAAAACACCACGCCAAUCGACUCACCUACGCUGGGGUCUCCGGGCCUUCUCACAACUGGACUGAGUGGUAUGGUGCGCCAGCACAUGCGGUCGGAGAGCAGCACAUCCUCCAUCUACGGGCCUAGCUCCUCAGGCCUGGAUGUCAAGUUCCCGGCUGCCUUCCGGGACUCGACCGUUUUGGCAAUCAUGGGUGAUGGCUUAGGGGUGAGCAAUUGGCAGGACCAGCAGUGGAAUCCCUACGAGGACGAAGCCGCCGAGGCUCGCAUCAGCCAGCAUACACUUGUUCAAGACGACACACCCGCCGAACCGGAACAGCCAGCACAGUCGGAGUCGGUCGAAAUCACAGACAACAACACCAGCCCGAUCAAGGAGGAGGACCCUGAUGACUUUGCCAACCGGGUUGCGAUCGCCAGGCGUCGGGUCCAGGAAAGACUGACCACAUCGUAUCUCGAAUCCGCCGAGAGCAGCCGGGCACCUUCCCCUCAGCCACAGGAGCGCGAGGCGCCUGUACCGGUCAAACCCAGUCCAUUUGGUAUUCUCAGGGGCAAGUCAAGCCGGGGAUCUCUGGCUGACAGGAAUCGCAGCGGCCCACCAAGGAAGGCUUUACAGACUCUAGGCCUUGGUGCCACGACCAUGAGCUCAUCACCCAGCCCUUCUAAACAAUCCUUCGAAGACGCCGGCCUUCCCCCUAUGAGGGAGGAGGUGGAGAUCAACUCGAGGGUAGAGACAACUAGGCGCCAGUUCGAGGACAAGGCCAAGGAAAAGGACUCGGACGCUCGGUCUUUGAGGUCUACAAAAUCUACAAGGUCUUUGACGGACAAGGAUGACGAGCAGACUCACCCGGGUCUGCGCGCCUUCAGACAGGCUCGCCGACAGCUUCAGAAACAAAAGGAACUUGCCGUGCUUGCCCGGCAUCAGGGUCAAGGAGAAGGAGUCAAGAGCGAAGAGUCUGAUGCUCAAAGUGACACCAACUCGCAGGAACGAACACCUUCCAGAACCCGGCACGUCAGGCGAGAGCUUAGCGGGGAUUCGUAUCGCAGUGGCGCAUCAGUGUCUCCUGCACGCAACGAGCGCGACAGGAGCGGGUCUGAAGCGAGCACCGGCAGGGUUCCGCCUCGACCGCCGCGUCUUCGCAACAACUCGUCUCCCUACGAAAACCAACUCUUGAAUGAUUCUGAGAACAGACCACGCCGCCCAAUGCUGCGAUCACCCGGCCUCCCCGGUACCGACAUCAAGAGAUCACCGAUUAUGCCUCCUCAGCCUUAUCCUGGCGCUGCCUCAUCGCCCAAAGGCUUUUCUAGAUCGGCUUCUUCGGGAAACCUGAGGGUUAACCCUCCACGACUUGGAGAAUUGGCGCCCAUUUCCCCUAUCGUUCCAUUGGGUCAAGGUCUUCCACCCAGCCCGAGGCAUCAGUUUGUUCCUCCCUCGCCUGCUGCCAACUCCCCUGCGGGAUCGACUACCAACAGCACUAUGAACGACGCGAAGAAGAAAUUUAUCAACAAGAAGGACAUCUCGGACCCGACACUGGUGAUGAGCACCAGCCGCGUUCCGACGGUGAAUCUGCCCCACAGCCAACCUUUUCCUGACAGCGCAGGGGCGGGAUCGGAUCAGCGCAAUGCUCCUCCGCUCCCACCGAUCAACCCUCGGCGCACUCGCGGUGUCAUGAAUGGCUUCCUCGGACGAAAGAAUAGUGAUUACGACGAUGAGACUUUGGCGGCUUCUAGCUCGCCACAUCUCCCUCUUACGAACUCAAGUGGCUCGCUCGGUGGCUCCAGGACAGCCGAUGAUGGCCGCAGUGCUUUCUCCGUUAGCGACGACGAGGAAGACAAGCCGGCCAGUAGAUGGCGGCUCAGGAAGACGAAUACAGAAGCCCAAGGGUCCAACUCUCAAGUUUCUGCCGCGCCUUCAAUGGGUGCUGCUGGGCCCUUUGGACCUCCGCGGGACACGCGAGCAUUUGUCUCAGCUGCACCUCCGGUUGGCCGCUCAGUGAUGACUGCUCCGACAAGGAAGCCUAGUGCUUUGCCGGGUGGCAUGAUUUAAAUCCGGCCUUUACUUUUUUUUUUCUUUCUCAUUCGCGGCAAUAUGGCAAGCAGAGAAUGCAUGGGGAUUUUCUUUCUAUUUUCUUUUAGUACUGGACAUUCUAAUAUUUGUGGGAUGCGAUUAUUCGCAGCGAACGAAGCUAACGAAACUAUCAACUCGAGAUACCUAAGUUUGUUUGUAUAACAUCAGACUGUACACAUCUACUUAUUUUUUUGUUUUGGUUUUUUUCUCUUAAUGUCUCUUUAUUAUUGGUCUUUGAAGACUACCCCGGGGUUCUGGUAGCCAUCCUUACUUUUUUCUUUUCUCAGUUCUUUAGUUUGACGGCCGUGUUCAUUUUCUUCAAACCUUUUGGGGUUUUGAAACUGGGGACAACAUUCUGUUUUAUGAAGCGGUAACAUUCGCUGAAUCACCUCACAGAUGUGUCCUUGACUUUGUUGUCCACAGGUUUCAUUUAUUUCACUCAUCACCUUGCUUCGCUCGAAGCAAGUUCUUCUUUCCUUACAAGUAUGUUUCGUUUUCGGUGUCUGGGAAUUUCCUAAAAAAAUGGCUCGGCGUUCUAAGUGAGGGGUUGGAUGCGGGGGAAAUAUGAAAGAAACCGGAGUAUCUUUUGACAAUAUCACAGAUUGUAAAGGAAUUGUGAAGAAGAAAAAAUAGCCCAACGAUUCACUGUUUCAGUUCCAAAUAAAGCUUUAAGGCGUCCAC